UGAGCAGACACUGACCGUUGCAUGGGUCGGAAGCCACAAAGCCGGUCUCUCUCUCCCUCUCCACAGCAGAUAAUUCCUUCUUCCUCCAAUCAGCGUCCUAUAAUUACCGAGACCCCCCUGCCUCCCUCUCCUUCUCAUCCGACGUCACGUGAUCACCACCAGACUAAACUGCCGUUGGUGCGCGGAACACGGAUUCCAGAGAGAAGAGGACAGCUCAACUGACCGGCUUAUUGCGCGUCUAAACACAACUACGAGGGGAUAGGCUGUCAAGAAAUUUCUGGAUAUUACUAGGUCGUCGCCGUCUCUAAACAGUGGGAUAUAAACAAUAUUUCAGUUUUAUUCCUUUCUUUCUUUUCUAUCUUUCUUUUCUCUCCUCAUCGUUGAGCAUCCUUCCUCUACCUGCCUGCCAGUCCUCUGGUUUACCUGGCUAACUUUCCCUCCGACACCAUCCCACACCCUUCAUCGCCCCCAACCUUAGCACCCGAACCCCCAUCAUAUUUUGCUGCACCACCUCGGAUCGCACGGAACCUGCGUUGGUUAACCUACAGCACUUCAUGGGGCACGCUUUAUUGCACGGAAAAUGUCCCUUUAUUGGUCACUGAGCGCCCCGGAGAAACAGCCAACGUCUGGACCGGAGUUGUGGGUGCUUGUCUGCCUCUUCUGCCCAGCUCAUUUGUGUUGUAGAGGGACGCCGCUGAACUGAGAUGGGUCUGUCUGUAAGGGCCACCGCACUACAGGAGCCCCGACGCCCGCACCAGUGGAGUCUGACAGUGGGAGAUCGGGUCUGGAUCACCGUCGUUUCGUUUCUUGCCACUUUACCUGUAGAGCAACUUUGCGCUUUCCCGUCUUCACUGAGCGACUGUCAGACGCCUACCGGCUGGAACUGCUCGGGUUUUGAUGACCGGGACACAGACCUCUUCAUGUGCGACAUUAAUACUUGCAAGUUUGACGGGGAGUGCCUGAGAAUUGGAGAGACGGUAACGUGCAUCUGUGACUUCAAGUGCAACAAUGAAUAUGUCCCUGUGUGCGGCUCCAACAAUGAGAACUACCAGAAUGAGUGUUACCUACGCAGGGAUGCCUGCAAGCAGCAGUCCGAAGUUCUGGUGGUGUCAGAAGGCUCGUGUCCAGUUGAUGCCGGCUCAGGCUCGGGAGAUGAUGGUGGUGAGGGAUCGGCAGAGACUGGGCAGAAGGAGACGUCUACCUGUGACAUCUGCCAGUUUGGGGCGGAGUGCGACGUGGACGCGGAGGACGUAUGGUGCGUGUGUAACAUCGACUGCUCCCACAUUAGCUUCAACCCGGUUUGCGCCUCGGACGGGCGUUCCUAUGACAACCCCUGCCAGGUUAAGGAGGCGUCCUGUCAAAAGCAGGAAAGGAUUGAAGUGAAAUACCUGGGCCACUGCCAAGGUGACAUUGUUACCGGGACCAAAGCCGGGGACGGACACUAUGCCAGGAAAGACUAUUCAGAAGAGAAGCCAGACCUGAGAGGAGAAGUGGCCAUAGGCUUGUACAUCCCUUGUCCCGAGCACUACAAAAACUAUUGUGUUCACGGAGAGUGUGAAUACCCCAGCAUACUGUCCGUACCAUCCUGCAGCUGUCACUCAGGCUUCAGCGGACCCCAGUGCGAGACCAAGGAGUACAAUGUUCUCUACGUCGUCCCCGGCUCAGGCAAGCUGCGAUACGUCCUUAUCGCCUCCAUCAUCGGAGCUCUGCAGGUGGCCAUCAUCUGUGUUGUAGUACUCUGUAUUACCAGGAAGUGCCCGCGGAGCAAUAGGGUCAACCGGCAGAAGCAAAACACCACCCACUACAGCUCGGAGAACACCAUGCGCGCCUCCACCCGUCUCAUCUGACUGGGCCGCCCCACGACACAGGAAAACCUAUGGUCAACUCCGCUCCAGAUUCAAGUUGCCACACAGACACAGAUCUAGGAUCAGCUUUGCCCUUUCCUCCCAUUCCAAGCCGAAUAAACUAUAAAGGAUGGUGGGAGAGGAACAAAACACCCAACUGACCUUAGAUCAGCAUCUGGGAGCAACUUCAUCCUGGUCCACUGGAAAGCAGUGGAGAAGGCCGCACAAUUACAUCAUUAUCAUAAUCGCCUCCCCCAACCCUUUCCCCCACCUUUCCACUCCUCAAGCCAGAUGAUGACUAAUUGAACAUUGAGGUUUGGGAGUGAGGAAACAGUGGCGGCAGGUAGGGGAUGUAUUGGGGGAGGCCUAUAGAAGGUGGUUAGCUGAUGUUCGUGGGGCAUGUUGGUUGUUUUUAGGGGGAGAACCAAUGGGAGCGGGAGGGGGGCUACACGUGAUGCCUUGCACCUGUGGUAUAGGUCACCGAAGAGAACACUAGGUUCUCAAGUACAGCUCUAUUUGAUUAUGUAUUACUUGGUCUAUUUCCAAUAGUUAUUACAUUGUCUUGGUGGGGUCGUUUUUUCUGUAAUGUAAAUAAAUAAUUUAUAUCACAAAAAGGAAAAGUUGGAUCAUCUUUAAAAUAUUGCUGUCGGGUGUCACUUCUCUCAUUUGCGAGUUAGAUAAUGUCACUCACCAGCGGAAACAUAAACAGCAACAGGAAAAGAGGAAAAUGGCAGAGUGAGUUUGGCUGAG